AUGGCGCAAAACAAGCCAGAUGCCACCCACAAUGAAGACCCCAUGAAGCCAGCCGAUAUCAACCAGAUCCACGACAUUCGGGUCCCCCUCACAGAAGAUGACAACAGGCGGAUUCGGAGAAAGACCGACUCCAUCAUCCUGGUCAUCCUGUGCUGGACAUAUCUGAUGCAGAUUCUUGACAAAUCCGUCCUCGGGUAUGGAGCCAACUUCGGCCUCAAAGAAGACGCCAACCUCACGGGAAACCAGUACUCUCUGGUCGGGUCGAUCGCCCCCAUCGCCCAGCUGGCCUGGCAGCCCUUCUCGUCCUAUCUCAUUGUCAAAGUCCCUCAUCGUAUCCUCAUGCCCGUGUUGGCCGCUGGAUGGGGCAUCGCGCAAGCCGCUAUGGCGGCCUGUAAGAGCUUCGAAGGUCUCAUGGCCACGCGCUUCUUGCUCGGACUCUUCGAGGCCGGCUGUCUUCCCCUGUUCAGUAUCAUCACGAGUCAGUGGUAUCGGCGUGCCGAGCAGCCGUUGCGCGUCGCCGCUUGGUACAGCACCAACGGGAUUGCCACCGUUCUGGCUGCCAUCCUCUCAUACGGCCUGGGCCAUGUGCAGUCCGGUCCGCUGAAGGAAUGGCAACUCCUCUUCCUCGUCUGCGGCCUCAUCACCGUCAUCUCCACCCCCAUCCUCUACUGGAAACUCGACAACGACAUCCCCUCCGCGCGCUUCCUCAACGACCAAGAAAAGUUGCAAGCCAUGGAACGUCUCCGCGCCAACCAAACCGGCAGCGGCACGCGCGAGUUCAAAAUGCACCAAGUUGUCGAGGCCGGGCUGGAACCCAAAACCUACCUCUGGAUCGCCGCCGCGUUCCUCCUCAACGUCGGCGCCUCCGUCACCAACGUCUUCGGCCCCCUGAUCAUCUCCGGGCUGGGCUUCGACAAGUUCAAAACCACCCUGCUGAACAUGCCCUUCGGGGCGCUGCAGUUCCUCAUCAUCCUGUUCUCCAGCUGGCUGGCGCAAAAGGCCGCGCUGAAAUCAGUCGUGCUGGCUAGUUUCAUGAUCCCGGUUGUCGCGGGGCUGGCCAUUUUGUAUGCGGUUCCUAGAGAGGACAGCGAGCAGGGCGCCCUCAUGGCCGGGUAUUAUCUCCUUUCGUUCCUGUUCGGUGGGAACCCGCUUAUUGUGACUUGGAUCGUGGGGAAUACGGCCGGCACGACCAAGAAGUCCAUCAUCAUGUCCUUUUUCAAUGCGGCUGCGGCGGCGGGGAAUAUUGUGGGGCCGCUGCUUUUCAGCGAGGAUGAUGCCCCGGCGUAUCUGCCUGGGUUGCGGGCUUGUUUGGGCAUCUUUGCGGCGAUGGUCGCGGUGGUGGGUGCGCAGUGGGGGAAUCUGUGGGUGUUGAAUAGGAUGCAGGAGAAGAGGCGGGUGAGGAAUGGGAAGCCGGCCCGGAUUGUGGAUCGGUCGAUGCAGUCGGGGUAUGAGGUUAGUGAGGAGGUGGUGGAAGAUGGGGAGGGAGGGACGGAGUUGGGGAGGAAUGCGUUCGUCGAUAUGACGGAUCGGGAGAAUGAUGAGUUUGUUUAUAUUUAUUAG